AAUAACCACCCACACGUUGCAUUUUGUGGCGUUUAUUUUAAUCAGACCCUUGUAAUUUCCUUGCAUUCCUCAGUUAUGAUUAUCCUUCACCCACUUGUGACAUCACGAAACUGUUAUAUUUUAUAGGUAAAUCCAGAGUAAAACUCGUGCGAGAUUCGGGAGUGACGUGGAAAUUGCAAUGACAGUGAUCUAAAAAUAAGGUCGACGGCGUCGCGCCAAUGCGCGCUCCCUCAGUCGAGGAACAACCGUCGCGAGUUACAGUCGAACGAGAAAAGUCGCAGCCAUGGUGUACGAGAGUGACUUCUAUACUACCCGCCGCCCUUACCGGCCCACAUCCAGCUACAGUGUGACGCCGCUGACGUCGCUCUACUACCUAUCCUCAUUACUACCGUACUAUCACGUCCCGUACAUCACAUAUAUACCCAAGCUCUCGCAGGCCGAGUUGAUAUACCGGCCGACGACUCGCAGCGUGACUCGACUCGUCACAUACCCGGAGCCGCCGCACCACGUGGUCCGCGUGCGCGUGCGCCCGUCGGUCGUGCUGCGUGAGCUGGACCGCAUCACGCAUCGCACGCGACCCACCCUCGCCGUGUCGGCCGUUGAGGAAUUCUUCAGAUCAGAGAGUACUAAGGCGUUUGAAGACGAAAGCCGCCGUAUUCGCGCCGACACUGCCGCUUUACUGCAGCGCGCCCGCUCCGUGGUGCCUCGUGCUGCGUCUGUCCUACCAUUAGACACUAUUUACUCGUAUUCAUAUGGCGAGCCAGUGCCAUACAGGUUCAGCAACGACGCGUACGUAGCAAAACUGAUUGUGCCACUCCGCAACGUCGCUAAUAACAUCCACAAUAUCUCUUUCUACAAGGAACCUGCCAAAAGGUUCACUGGACGCGGUAACCUCGCGUGCGUGCACUACUCCGGUUCAAAGGCCUUCUCCAAUCGCAGGCCACUCUACAAGGAACUUAGCAUCAGGGACGACGUGAAUCUCCUCUCUUUCUAUGCCAAGAAUAGACUCGCGGCUGCCGGUUUGGCCGUAGAGAAGGCCACAGUGAAACUGCUACCAUGGAGGCCGAGCCGUAAAUUCCAGGCGCCUCAGUUGAUGGAAGACCCAGCUUUAGAAUUAAAGGCUGCUAAAGCAGAACGAGAAGCAAGAUUCCGCACGACAAACGCUGAACCUGUUCUGACAUCAACAGUCGACUUGGCCGAGGUUAAGAGGAAGAGGCAAGAAGAAGCUCGCGCUGCAGAGGAGAAAGCUUUGAAGGAGGAAGCAAAACGUGAAGCUGAACGCAAAGCUCAGGCCGAGCGCGAAGCUGCUGAAAGAAAGAAGGCCGAAGAAGAAGCCCGAAAGGCCGAAGAAGCAAAACGUAAAGCAGAAGAAGAUGCCAGAAAAGCUGAAGAAGAAGCCCGUAAGGCUGAAGAGGCUCGUCUGGCAGAGGAAGCUCGCUUAGCUGAGCAAGCUAAAAAGGCGGAGGAAGAACGACUCGCUGAAGAAGCGAGACUUGCAGAGGAAGCACGUAAGGCCGAAGAAGCAAGAUUAGCUGAGGAAGCGAAAUUAGCAGAAGAAGCGAGAUUAGCUGAAGAAGCGAGAUUGGCAGAAGAAGCGAGAUUAGCAGAAGAAGCGAAAUUAGCAGAAGAAGCGAAAUUAGCAGAAGAAGCCAGAUUAGCAGAAGAAGCCAGGUUGGAAGAAGAAAGGCAAGCAGAACAAAGGAGACAAGAAGAACUUGCCAGAUUAGAAGAAUUAGAGAAGCAAGCACAGGAAGAGCGAGAAGAUGAACUAGCUCGACAGGCUGCGGAAUUAGCAGAAAUUGCAAGACAAGAAUCUGAACUGGCGGCUGCACGUCUCGAGGAGCUUUCAAAAACCGAUGCCACGGGAGAUGAAUUUGUGGAUGCAGAAUCCAGUGAAACCCCUGCGGAGGAAGCUCAGCCUAUCGUAGAGGAACCCGAGACUCCUGAGGCAGCUCCAACAGAGACAGCAGAAACAGAAGCGCCCGCAGCAGCGCCCGCAACGGAAGUAAGCGAAGAUGAACAAGCGGAGCCAGACGUUACUGAUGAAGAAUAAACUCGAGACAGUGAUACUCUAGUUCUAUGCAUUUCUAAUAUUUAUCGGGUACUUACAAGCUAGGCAUCGUUCAUGUAAAUUAGUAUAGUUCAUAAAUGAUGCAGUAGCUUUUAUAUUUGUCUUCUAUUUCGUACGAUCGCUUUCUUUUGCGUAAUAAAAUUACGCGACAACGAAAGAUACAUAUUCCUAUCCUACUGAGACGAAAUGUACUACCACCACCGUUAACAAAUAAAUUAUAAUGUAAACUAAAAAUCUAAAUAUGUUAGUCUAAGUGUUUAAUAAUGUUAUAUUUUGUUAAAGUUUAACAAUAAAAGACAUAAUUAACA